UUACCAGUUGUUUCCAGAGGGAGUUUUUCCACAUGCACACACACACAUAUUUGUUUUUUUUAACAAGGUUAUUUGUAAUCUUAUGUAAAUGGACACAGGUAUUAAGAAAACAAAACAGAUCGAUCUUAUUCACCAGGUCUGUAUAUCCAGAGCUACACGUCCCUGAAGAAUGCAGGAAGCAAAAAUAGAAAAUUAAAAGGCGACCCAGCAGACUGCUCAGGGAUGACAAUGUCCAGGGCAGUGCGUCUGGUGCUGUGGGACGUGAAGGACACUUUGCUGCGUGUGCGCAGGUCAGUGGGACAGCAGUACUGCGAGGAGGCUACGCGAGCCGGCCUAACCCUGUCUCCUGCCGAGGUGGACACCGCCUUCCGUCGAGCUUACAAGCAGCAAUCUGCAAUUUACCCCAACUACGGCAUAGCCCAGGGGCUUGGAGGGCAAGCCUGGUGGGCUCGGGUAGUACGAGACACAUUCUUACAGUGCGGCGUGCGGGACGAAGUCCUCCUGGACAGGUUAGCGCACAAUCUGUACCACGGCUUCAGCAGACCGGAAAGCUGGGAGGUGUUCAGUGACUCUGAACGGACCCUGAGGAGCUGCGCCUCUCUGGGCCUGCAGCUGGGAGUCGUGUCCAACUUUGACCUCCGGCUGGAAAGCAUUUUGCAUGGAUAUGGGCUUCUGCCCUAUUUCUCCUUUCUGGUGACCUCAGAAGGAGCCGGGGUGGCCAAGCCCAACCCAGAUAUCUUCCGGAAGGCUCUGCAGAAGUGCGGGUUGCCGGCUGCCAGCGUGGCGCAUGUUGGGGACAGCUACAUCAACGACUACCUGGCCGCACGCUCCCUCGGCAUCCGGGGAUUCCUCCUGGACAGAGGAGGAGGCGAGGGGUCAGCGCAGGUUCCCUCCGAGGAUCGCCUUCUGUCCCUCGACGAGCUGCCUUCACGGUUAAAGCAGAAUGCGGACUGAUGGUCAGAAUGCAAUGCAGGAGGUCCAGAGGAAAGUCAGUCAGAUCAAGGUUUUGUAUUGGUCAUAACAAGUGAAGCAUAAAAUUAAAGUGUAAUCAGCCCCAGACAUAUAUUCCUUACUAUCCCACGGUAUUGUAUGAUCAGGAAUAAAGUGUCUUUAGUGACUCUUCACAUUAAUAGAACUAGUGCUGACUAGUGCAGUAUCGUGGGGCCAGCUGUGAUUAUCUAAAAUGAAAUUAAGCAGGUAUAAUAAAUGGAUGGAUAUAAGAAGGUAAAUUGCUCAUAAAACAGGCCUUUGCUCCCUAAAGGCUGGACCACUUUUUUUUUUUUACCAAGAAUCACCAGUAGGUGGCACACACGCAGCAUGAGGGUCCAUCAGGCAAAACUCAGCAUUUCCUUCAAUGACUUCAAUUUAAUGAUUUGUAAUAGGCAGAGGUGACUCUAGGGACUCUGGGGGCCCUAGGUAAAAAAACUCCAUGGGGCCCCCCAACUCCCCCACCCCUGGCAAGGUAAAGUUUGUUACUU